AUGGGUCAAAAGCAAAGUAUCUCUAAAUGGACGAUUGAUGAACAUACUUUGAGCAUUGAUGAUGUUUGCAAAAAGUUCGAUACUCAAUUUAAUAACUAUAAUCCGGAUGAAUCAUUAGGCUUGAAGAGUCAAGUGGUUAAUAAACGAUCGGCACAGUUAAGUAGAAAGAGGAGAACAGUCAUUGUAUUUAGGGAUGGUAUUAAGAAAAAUAUUGAUAGUGAAGAGUUGGUGGUGGGUGAUAUUGUGAUGGUCAAUAGUGGAGAUAUUGUUCCAGCAGAUUUGAGAAUUUUGAGUAUUAAUGGUUUGAAGGUGGAUAAUUGCAUAAUAAGCGGAGAGAAGACGAUAUUGAAUUGUACUGUUGAUAAGACACACGAAAAUCCUUUCGAGACGUCCAAUAUUCUUUUCAAGGAGACAACCAUUGUAGCUGGAAGUGGGUAUGCAGUGGUCAUUAAAAUUGGUAGUGAUACAUUAAUUGAAUCUUUGGCUCCAUAA